AUGGCACUUUGUUUGGCUAACUCACUUGUAGUCAAAGGUGAUUUAAAUCUCUAUGAUCAACUAGUUCGUUACAAAUGGUGGUAUAGAGCAGGAUACAUGUCAUCAACAGGAAAAUGCUUUGAUAUUGGUCUAUCUACGAGUCAAUCAUUGCAAGAAUUCGAGAGUCGUCAAAUGGAUUUUAGUAAGAAAUAUAACAUUGCUUAUGAAGAAAUAGACUAUAUUGCCGGUGAUAAACAUCUCAUCGAUGAAUUUAACGUCUAUUGUAGCGAUACUGAAGUUGCUGGUAAUGGAGCUCUUAUGCGCCUUGGACCAGUACCACUUUUUUUCUAUCGAUUUCCAAAAUAUGCUGUAGAAU